ACGGACAUGUUAAAAUUAUUCAAUUCCACAAUGUAUAAGAGGAAACCAAUUCCUAUGGAGAUAGCAAAUGUAAUUGUACAAGACGAAACAGAUGACACUGACACUACAAACACUGAUGACGGAAGCACUACACUGAUUGUUUAUUUCUUACAAAUUUUAAAAAAAUAUUCAAGUGUAGUUGAAGGGAGGAAAAGUGACAAUUCUACACUUCAAAGAAAGAAAGAAGCGUGUGUUCCGUCCGUUUCAAUGGAAAAAACAGAGUUUAUUACUCGUUAGCAUUAAAAGGGAUUAACUCGUCACCAAAUAGCAUUUUCUAGUCAUACAGGAAAAGGAAACAGAGUUGCCUCGAAGCAAAAGGCACUUCAACACAUUUCCAAGAACCGAUUGCCAGCCCAAACGAAGGACAAGGCCCAUUAUCUCGUCAAGCGUUGGAAAUUUGUAUACAUUUCUAUCGGUUUUCCACCCCUCGUCAGGCCAAGACUUCACAAAGGGAAAGGAGAGAACGGUUAUCUCAGGGAGCAGACUGAUUGGGCCUCAACGCUUAAAAAUCACCAAUCAGGGUGUAUUUUUCCAACUCCGCUGCCCCACUACAGUCUGUUUGACGGUUGGACGGUUGGUCCGAAGGAGCAUUCGGGCAGUCAUCAAGGAGAGUUAGUAAGAAGAGUUCGUGAGAGGAGUUAGUAAGAACAAGAAUGCGUGCAACAUACGAAAUCUCUGGGCAUCGUGCGGCCCUCGGCCACCGUUCGGGCUAGUGAAAUCGCGACGGAUCCACAUUCGAGUAAAGUAAAAUCUAUCGGCCACCGUUCGGGCUUGUGGAAUCACAACGGAUUCCCUCAACGACAUUUGCCUAUCAUUCGAGGCAUAAUUGUCAGUUAACUGGACGACAUAUGCCGACCGUAUCGAGACAUAAUUCCCAGACAACUUGAACGUCACUUGCCGACCGAUUCGAGGCAUGGUUUUCUGUGCAGCUCGACGUCAUUUGCCGAACGAAUCGAGGCAUUUUGACAUGAGCUUGCUACUGCCAACAUAUGGGCAGAUCAAAGAUCGUACUAGUGAAAUCCAUUGAUUACCAUUCGUUCAUUAAACUUCUUGAUUAAUCGUCAGCAAAAUCAAAUGUAAAAAUAAACUAGGGUUUUUUUAUGCCGAAUGACUUUUUCCCUCAAAAUCUGUGUUAUUUAAUUCAACCCAGAAAAAUCGAAUUACGUAUAACUAACCUGUCUUACCACCUACGGUACGAUUAGGUCAUAACACAAAUUGAAGAUUAUUUUCGUAUUUUUCGUCAUCAACAUAAUCAUUUACGAAAUCGUGGGAAUCAAAUUACCUUUGAUUUUCACACGCGGGUCAGAACAACGAACGUUCAAGGUUGUUCAUGACAGCGUGGCAGCUGAUUCACGAGGAGUACAACUCCAGUUUAAUUAUCUCGUCGAAGAGGACCAUCGCUCAGCUGAAAAAGUUUUGGAGUAACUUAAAAGUGCAGCACAGAGACGUACUGACGAAGGAAUGGCAGCACGUAUUGCGAACGGAAGGAGGACCACCGCUCAGUUCAACAGUUCAACCAGAUCCCUAUAUUGCAGCGUUAACACCGGACCUCAUGUACACAGCGCCUGUUCUGUAUACUUCAAAUAAUACAGAGGACAACAGCAUCAAGGGGCGCGGUAGCGGCCCGAAGGCAAGUUUGAUUAAUGAUACGAAAGAGAUGGAGGACAUUUCCGAAGCAGCCGUCAGUGAGGAAGUUGCCGAAACAAUUUCAGAAUCGGAAAUUGCAAUAAACGAUGACGCUGCUGUUGUGCAAACGGUGAAACAAGGAGAGAAGAAAGAGUUACAAAAUUUAGAGGUGGAACGCAUGAGACUAAAAGUCCAACAGGCUCAGUCGUAGU